AUCCAAAGAGAAAUCCAACAUGGCGUCAAGAAUUUCCCAAAAUCUGCUGUCUAAAUAAAGAAAACAUACAAGGAAGGUCUCUCCAUCGAUUUUGAAGGCAAACAAUGUCAGGGACGCCUGGAGGUGGUGUUCAGACUCCAGCGAUCCCCGUCCCCCAGGGUCUGCCUCCCUUAGGAUUAACCAUGCCUGGUAUACAGACCCCUAACCCUGGGCCAGGAGGCAAUAUGAUGGGUGUGGCACAGGCAGGAGGGAUGCAGAUGGUUCCUAUGCAACCAAUGGCAGGUGGAGGAGGAGGGGGAGGAGGGGCUAGUAUUUCUCUCGGUCUACUUCUGGAGCAUCUUGUCCAGAAAACCUACCAUGAGCUGACUGUCCUGUCUGAACUAUUACCUCGAAAGAUGGACAUGGAAAAGAAAAUUGAGAUUGUGAAGUUUGCCCGCAGUACAAGACAGUCCUUCAUCCGUCUCUUAGCUCUGGUUAAGUGGGCCGGCAGUGCAGCUAAGGUGGACAAGUGUGCGGCGAUUUCAUUAUUUUUAGACCAGCAAUCAUUUCUCUUGGUAGACACUGCUGACAUGCUAUCUAGAAUGGCCAGGGAGAAUCUUGUCCAUGCAAGGUUGCCCAAUUUCAACUUGCCCCAUGCUGUGGACGUGCUAACGAUGCGUCAGUACAAGCGCAUGCCGGCAUGCAUCAAGGAACGCAUCGUUCCUCCCGAUCCCAUCACAUCCGUGGAGAAGGAGACCGUUCUUCAUCGACUAGAUCAGAUUAUCCAGCAUAGAUUGGUGACCAGUGAACUCCCUCCCCAGCUCGCUAACCUUACUAUCGAGGAAGGGAGAGUCAAGUUCCGUGUACCGCAGGAGUUUGAGGUGACUCUGACUUUAAUGGAAGAUAACAAGACCAUUCCAUGGAGGUUACUCAAUAUUGAGAUCCUGGUACAAGAUCCUGAUACUGGAGAUGGUAAAACUCUGGUUCACCCUAUACAGGUGAUGUGCAUUCAUCAGCUGGUCCAGUCACGGCUGUUCGGAGAUGACAAGCCUCUGGUGGACAUGUACAACGUCAUACACACUUUCUGCCAGUCCUUACAGCUUGAGGUCCUAUAUUCACAGGUGCAGAGGCUAAUCAGUGAGAGAUGGGGAGAGCAUGUGACGAUUGAUAAAUACACAGCUGGAGAAUGUCUUAUGAUGUCAUACUGGAGAUCCCAAAGCCUGCACGCUUCCAAGAAGCCUGAAUUAUUCAAGCUGACAGUGAGCAUCGAUGAUGACGAUGUGGCCAAGCCCCUCCAAGUGCUGCAUGACCCCCCUCUGGAUAUGGUAGAUGCCGCACACGUCAACCAGGCUAUACGGUGUGAUCACUUAUCGGUAGAGAGACUCCUAGUGGAGACUGUACUGGUCAGAUCAAGACUUAAACUCAAGGGAUUGCAAGAAGAGUUGGAGAAGGACCUCCCUGGCUGUAAAUGUCAUGUGGAAGGUUCCCCAUCACUGCUGUACAUACCUGUUGUAAAGCCUUGUAGUGAGGAUGAACAGCUUAUGGUGUCGGUUGAUAUGCAGACUGGAUCAUACAUACCGAGCAUUGCACACUGUGGCUCCACACUCCUAGAUGAGAUAGACCAGGGUCUGAACCAUGAACGUAGCAAGCUGGAACCUCUCAUCGCAAAACUCAGGGUCCUGUUGUACAUGCGUCAUUGCCAAUACUCCGUCUCCAUGCUCCCCGUCACCUUUCUCAAAGAGCUCCCUCUGGUGACGGUAUCACCCGAGCACCCGGUGAAUCGUCUCUUGCCUAAUUACAUCUACCUACGACUCACCCAGCAUCCUCAGUAUUAUGUGGUGGUUGACUUUGCCCUCGGUAAGGGCCUCGGUGACUUCCUAUGUCGCUAUCAUCUCAUGCGCUGCAGCUCCGCCUCCUACAUCGACGCCCAGACCAUACCCCAAGGCGGGGCCGCUCCGUCCGCUCAGAAGGACACGCCCGAGACAACGGAGAAGUACCUCCACCCCGAUGUAUUCGUUGACUUGGAUCAUUCCACUAUAUUGAGGGGGCCGGAUACAUCGGUGGAGGAUCUGGAUGUUGACGAUGAUGAAAAGAAAAGGAAGGUUCAUCAUAUCACUGCAGGGGAGCACAAGAGGAAGAAAUUGACGAGCUAUUGUGAAUUCUUCAACUACACACUCUCCCAUGUGGUUUCCUUAUGCAACAUACGCAUUCCAUUCAUCAAACUCUGUGAAGAGCUGUCCCAGAACAAUCUAGCUCACCAGGGCAUCCAAGUAGAAGGAGAAGGGGUGGGGCUCGUCAUCAAACUCUGCUCCCUCCCACCUUGCAAAGGGGUUGCCAAGGAAACCAGUAUGGCACUGAAUGCUGCCCUCUUGGACUGCUCGUUCAGACUCCAUAAGAAUCAGCACGGCAUGUGGCAAGUUCAGAUGGUGUUUGCAAAUUGUCCUGUCACAAGCUGUUCAUCCAGAGAGCAAGGUUCAACUCGUCUGGUCUACCUGUUCUACAAGGUCCUUGGCAGUCACUCCGUAGUCAAGCAGUUCCAACGGGAUUGGGACUCCAUUGGACGCCUCUAUCAUUUGACCCUUGACCUCCCAAUAUGGCUGCCGUACCUCACCCUGUCUCAUUCUUCACGCUCGAGCCUGAUACAGGACAAUCCUCCCUUCACUACGUUGGUUGAUAUCCAAUCAUUCACAUACCAGAAGAUCACUAUAGCAUAUGGAAAGGACAGAUCAAGCACCGUUAUGGUGUGUUGGGAUCCAGAUAUUCUGAGGUUUCGACUCAUCUUCAGUGCUGUGGGUUCGACGUCAACAGCAAACUGUCACACCAUGGUGCAGUCGUACCUUGAACAUGAACUGAAUGAGGAACAGAGUCUGCCAAAACUCAUCAAGAGUCUGUGUGAGAGCCAGGGACCCCUCCAUGCGAUCUGCAGGCUGCCUCUCAUCCCGUCCUUGGGACUGAUAGCCGCAACCAAUCAGGUCGCAGGACCCAUCCACAAGUUUGCCCUCUGCCCUCAAUCCAGCACCCAUUACAGGGUUGUCUUCCACAAUGCGUACUGCUUGGAUAUCCAUUGCAAGGGAAAGAAUACGGUGGCUGUCAGAGAUGGAGCGUUCAGUUUGUUUGAUAUGAGGAAGGUUGUGGAAGGUCUCUAUACAGUACCGAACCUCAAGGCAUUCCUGGAGCUCUUCAUCGACGAAACGGUAUCCUACCACCACCAGCAUCGUAACAGCCGCACCCUCCCGGCCAACGAGGAUGACGGUAACCCCAUCUCCCCCAUGAACAUCGAUGCAGGCCCCACCCCACCGGAUCCCUACCUCCCCACCCAGGUCUCAGGGUACCCCUCAGGGGCGUCGCCCAUGUCCAGGGCGGGGCUCGGUCAGGGUGGAUCGGGAGGCUUCGCUUACCCCAUGACCCCGCCCACGGCACCAGGUGGACCGGGGAGUAGCAAUCCAGCGACCCCUGCCUCACCUCACACGUCGGUCCUAUCACAACAGCAGCAUUAUGCCAUGUCACCCGGUGCGUACCCUCUAGCAUCGCCCCCUUCCAUCCCUGGACCUUCCCCAUCGGCCGUCAUGAAGGGAACACCAUCACCAGGUUUAGUCGAGGGAGGAUCGCCCUUCACCUCCUCCAUGGGUCUCACCAUGCCAUCCCCCGGAUCCCGCCAGUGGCCCGGCAGCCCCUCCAUGCCAGGGCCCUCCCCCGUCCAGCGCUUUGGUAUGGCCCAGUCUCCCGGUGGUAGCAUGGGACCAUCCACUCACUCCCCGGGGAGUAGCGGCAUGACCGGACAGCAGGGACAAGUUGUGCCCCGCCAGACGAGGGUCCUCCCUCCCCGUAACCUGGCCACCUCUCUGCCGACCAUCCUCUCCCACGAGGCGCUCCACCGCAUGUUCACCCCGGCGGCGAUCCACGGCACACCCACCACGCCCCUCACCUACCUGUGCGCUCCUAUAGAACGUUUCCUGGGAUCCACCUACCUCCAGAGACACCUGAAGAGAGUUAUCAAUGCUGAACAGACCCAGACUUUACAGGCUGCAGAACAAGGAUGCAGAUUAAAGCUGACUCUGCUGCCCCCUAGUGAUCAAGGAUUUCACUUCAAGAACGAUUCUCUGAUAUUCCGUGUUUGGCUGAACCCCGCCCACAUGCAGCAGCUUCAUCUACAGGUCAAGCAAACACCAGAUGCCAAAGAACGUUGGAGCCCAGAUGAGCUUCAUGUCAUUGAACUUUACUAUGAGAAUAAGGUUGCCUGCCCGCCGUUCAAACCCAAGGCUAUCACUUCCUUUGCCCGUAUGCUGUGUGCCAUGCCUGGUGUCUUCAAGGACCUCAUCCAGCUGAUGCACCUAGAACUCCAACCAGACCCCUCCCUGAAGUGGUCUAUGCAGCUCUGUCUCACCGUGCCACAAGGACAGACCUUCGCUCCUGUCGGUAUCCCAGCUGUUGUUAUCAAGACAAAGAUGCUCCUAUUUAUCCAGCUGAGCAGGCAAGACACGGCGCCCAUGGUCGGCCAGGAGGCUCCCUCUGUGAUCGUUCCCGUGCUCUACGACAUGCAAGCCAACACGACCCAGCACAUCUCCGCCAUCAAGCCUUCGGUCCCGACCAGUCAGAAUGACGGCACCAUCGCUACCAUGCUGAGGAGAUGGGCAGAAUUCCCAAACAGUGCGGAGUGCACUCUAUUCCCUGCUAUCAGGGAUCUCAUGGCCAAUCUCAACCUACCGAUGUGAAGACAUCCAGCUCCAAACCAGGUCCAGGACCCUUCAAUUUUCCAGGAAAAAUAAAACAGAAAAGAACUUUUUUUUUGCUGAGUGUUUUUCGAGAACAACAGAAUGACAUCUGAUGAACAUCUUCGAUUCAAAAUCAAUAAUAGCUGAGUAAUAGCCAUAGAAAGUUGAGGAAAUUGGGUAGGAUAGGCCUUCCAAUAGAAUAAGUAGUCCCACAUGUGCACAUAUGUGCUGGUAGUUCUCAGUUUACUUUCAACGAGUCUGUAAAUUUUGCUUACCCGUUGACUUUCCCAAACAGCCAUGUAUGACAUAAACCAAUGCAGGAUUAGUGAAGUAUACAGCAUGGAAAAAAAGGAAAAUCAAACCAAACUCUUUUUAUCAGGGUAGUAUGUUACGCAUGUAACUAACAAAACAUGAUUCUACUACCGGUAAGUACUCUCUUGAACGAAUAACCUUGUGAAACAAUCGUUCUUUGCUACCGUGGUAUUUUAUUUCCUUCUGAUCACAAAAUUGUCAUCAGUAAACUUUCUUGGUCUAAUAAUUUCUUAUUCUCUCUCAAAACUCAGUUUCAUUAUCAGAACUCUAGAUUAUCUUUACAACAAAUUGUUUACCUGACAAAGUUAUUAAACAGUAAUCACUGAUCUCUUGAAAGUUUAGGUACAUUUUGAAGCUCAGAUUUCAUUCAGAAUUUGAAUGAAUGAUACUUCAAUUACUAAUAACCUUGCUCAUGAGAAGAUUAAAUUGUCAACUCUAUGAUAUCGUGUUAGAAGAAUUUGUUAUGUUAUGUUUUGUGUAAAUAAAAUGAAUAAACUAUUGCAUUUUAUAUAAUUAUUGUUCAUUGAGUAGACAACGUUUUGCAAACAAUAGGUUUUAAUAGACUUCCGGUAUUAUUUUCUCUAGAUGCACAGAAAACAGCAAACAAAUUAGUCAUGUGACUACAUUCAACCUUGCAUAAGUUGACCUCACACUUGGAAAUUUGAAAAGUUAAAAAAUUGGCCUUCCUCUUAGGGAUGCUAGAAAUUGAAAGGGUGACAAAACAAAAAUCAAAUGAGUUUUAGAUCACAUAUUUCUUUUAAGGGAUCAUUUAAAGGUCCCAGGAAAGGUUAUUUUUCUGAAACAAAGCAGAAUUGUAAUUGUUUUCUCCAAGGUUUUAUCACUCUAUACACUCUUGGAAUAGGAGUUUAAUUUCACAGCCUCCUAUUCAUAUUGUAUCCACUCAAAAUUCACUGAAAUGUUAAUUUUUUUUAAAUCUAGAUUUUGUACAUUAAAAUCAUGAAUGUAGUAAUUUUGAUUGCAAAUGAUGAUAUAAAAGAUUUAUUGAUUCAGACAAAGAACUCGAUCGAGAAAUUAGUAAAUUGUAAUGCCACGAUAUGUUUUGUUUUUUGUUUGUACAUUUUUAGUAUGUUUAUUUGAGGUUAUGCGACCCUCAUCAGGGUAAUAAAUAUAACUUCUGAAACA